GCGGUGUUUUACAUAGUUACUGUUAGUUAAGUGAAUGUAAACCUUGAAGGAUAUUGAGCUUGAACUUUAUUUAUAUUUCAAUGCAUCUGUGUUUUAGUUUUCAUGUAAACUUCUUGAGCUGAACAACUUUUAAAGGUAGCUAAAUGCCAGUAUUUUGUGGACUUGUUUAAAAGAAAAAUACUUAAACUAUUUAAACAAAUAGGUUUUACUUGAAACACAGAAUAAUAAAAUGGGCGUAGGUAAUUCUUCUACUUUAGCUGAACGUUCCUCGACGGUUGGACACUUUUGUUGCACAUCUUGUGAGGAACAUAAUCUUCAGAAUUUGGCGGUCAUUUAUUGUGAGGAAUGCUCAAGGUUUUUUUGUAAAAAAUGUAUCAAACCUCAUAAAAAAUUGUUUAUGAAACAUCGAACAUGUGGAAGGGGAGAUAUUAAGAAAUGGCCAGUUUCAAAGGAGGAUGCUUCUCUUUUACAUAAGGGAGGAGAUUUUCUUUCAAAUACAGAGGAUGAUUUUCUUUCGAAGGAGGAGGGAGAUUUUCUUUCAAAUACAGAGGAUGAUUUUCUUUCGAAGGAGGAGGGAGAUUUUCUUUCAAAUAAAGAGGAUGAUUUUCUUUCGAAGGAGGAGGGGAAUUUUCUUUCAAAGGAGUUGGAGGAUUUUCUUUGGAAGUGUGACGAGCAUGUGGAUAAAAAACUGUCACAGUUUUGCCAUGACCACAGUCAGCUGUGCUGCUCUGAUUGUGUUGUAAAAAUUCACAGCCAGUGCAGAAAAGUGACCCAGAUUUCGGAGCUGACCAACUCGCAGCCCACUGGCCUGGAGGGGCUGUCAGUGGAGCUGGAAACUGUCCUGGUGGAAAUUAAAACCCUGCAGAUCAGUCAGGUGGCCAGCAUUCAGUCAUUGCAGAGAACAUACAAGGAACAUAGUGCAGUUAUGAUAGAACAAAUGUGUGGCAAUUUAUAUACUUAUAUAGAUGAAUGUGAUAAUAAUUCUGUGGGUAAAUCAGGCGGAAAUGAGCAAUAUUUAAAAGAAGAGAUGUGUAGAAAUGUUGUUUCUAUCAUGAAUGAAUUCGAUAAUAUUACUGCAAAGGAACUUAACGAGAUGAAAGAUGAAGUUAUAAGCAUUAAACGGUCAGUAACAAGUUCUAUUCAUAAAUGCACCAGUCUUCACAAUGACUUGUCACAAUUCCAUGAAAUUGUUCAGAAAAUUGGAGAUAAUAAGGAGCUCUGCCUUAUAGCCAGCAUAAAAUGUAAGCAUAUAAUACAGCAGGCACUGACUCUGCUGGGAAAGUCAGGCAAGGUGUUUAAUGUCCAGAGUAAUGCUAAGCACAAUGUGAGAAUACCAAGUGAUUCAUAUGAAUGUAGUAUCACAGGCAUAUGUGUUCUGACUGAUGAGCAGGUGCUGGUUGCAGACAGGGGGAAUAAGAGAUUCAAGCUGCUGAACCAGCAGUACCAGGUGGUGAGUCACUGGGAUGUGGCACGUGUAUAUGUAAGGGACAUGUGUCAGAUCACACCCAGUGAGGUUGCAGUGGCUCUGGAUAAGACUCCUAGCAACACACAUAAUGUCCAGUUUAUUACAGUCACCCAGAGCCAGCUCACUCUUGGUAGGAAGCUUGAGUUACAACAUGGAUGUACAGGUAUUGCCUGCCAUCAGGGAGAACUGUUUAUCUGCUCUGGUAGUGCUCUGUACAAGUACGCACUGAGUGGCAAACAGCUAUGCAGACUCUAUGAAGAUAGGUCACUUGGUUAUGCAGUAAACAAGUGUGCUGUGAGUCCCACAGGAAACAGGCUGUACAUCACCAGCUGGGACAAGCUUCACACCCUGGCCAGGGAUGGCACACUCCUGGCUACAUUCUCAGACCCAGCACUAGAGUGCCCAUGGGGUCUACAUGUGACCCCUGCAGGCCAGGUGCUGGUCUGUGGAGACUGGUCCAGAACUGUACUACAGGUGGGCUGGAAGGGGCAGAGUAAGCUGGCUACGCUGGCUACUGAGGAGGAUGGAGUGUGGAGGCCAAUGGCAGUCUGCUACAGCAGCAAAACAUCAUCCAUCAUUGUGGGACAGUGGAGGGACAACAUUCUGGUGUUCAGAGUGGAAUAGUGUGUACAUUCGCUGCUGAGUCAGGACAAGGAUGCUGAGGAUGUGGUGGACAAGGAUGACCUGACUACGCAGAAGGACAGCACCACCAUUGAUAUCGAUUUUGCCCAGCAACAGCACCACACCACCAUUGAUAUCGAUUUUGCCCAGCAACAGCACCAGUCCGGCCUGCAGGAGCCCCAGUCCAGGAUGACCCAUCCACUUCCCUGACCCAUAGCUCAUCAUACUUGAUAUCCGGAAAAAGGGGGCCUAAUGCAUGUGCCUAAAUUGUUGUCACAGAUAAGCCUGUGCAGUUUGCACAGGCUAAUAAUGGACAACACUUUCCUCUUAAAGCAGAGCACCAGCAUUGAUAUCUAGUUGGCCCAGAAACCGCACCAGUCAUGCCUGCAGGAGCCCCAGUCCAGAACAACCCUUCCCCUCCCUUGACUUCCAACUCCUCCCCCUUGACCUCCUGCCUCAAAAAGUCAGCAUCGUUAAACAACUCCGUUCUGUAGGAAAUUCUGAGCAUGAUUCUGUUCUGAACAAACGCAAUGCCCACAUCACGUUUUCCAAACAUAAGCCUGGGUAGUUUUAUUAAGCUUGAGUUCAGCGUGGGCCUGAAAGGGACAAGUGUUACAGACAUUAAAAGUUAUAGCAGUAGUUAUGGUAACGCUAACAGUCAGUUGUUGCUGUUGGACAUCACAACAAAUAUCCUGAAGAAUAAAAAGUUCAAUAACUUGUUCCAGUCUUUAUGGGACAAACAUAAAUUGAACAGGAGAAAAUCAAGGAACAAUAAAAGCGUAAGCUUUCCUAGUGGGAUACUUCUGCUGUUGAUAGUUUGGACAACAGUAGGGUUACGGACUGCCCCAGAUUGUCAGACAGGCAGAAUGGCAGUAAUGACUAUGCUGUGAACACCCAGAGCAAGAUAUAUCCAUGCUGACACAGAAAGGCAGUAAUGACUAUGCUGUGAACACCCAGAGCAAGAUAUAUCCAUGCUGACACAGAAAGGCAGUAAUGACUAUGCUGUGAACACCCAGAGCAAGAUAUAUCCAUGCUAACACAGAAAGGCAGUAAUGACUAUGCUGUGAACACCCAGAGCACAAUACAUUUAUGCUGAUACAGAAAAGCAGUAAUGACUUGGUUGUGAACACCCAGAGCAAGAUAUAUCCAUGCUGACACAGAAAGGCAGUAAAGACUUGGCUGUGAACACAGAACACGAUACACCCAUGCUGACACAGAAAGGCAGUAAUGACUUGGCUGUGAACACAGAGCUUAAUACAUCCAUGCUGACACAGAAAGGCAGUAAUGACUUGGCUGUAAACACAGAGCACAAUACAUCCAUGCUGACACAGAAAGGCAGUUAUGACUUUGUUGUGAACACAGAGCACUAUACAUCCUUGUUGACACAGAAAGGCAGUAAUGACUUUGCUGUGAACUCAGAGCACGAUACACCCAUGCUGACACAGAAAGGCAGUUAUGACUUGGUUGUGAACACAGAGCACAAUACAUCCAUGCUGACACAGAAAGGCAGUUAUUACUUGGUUGUGAACACAGAGCACAAUACAUCCUUGUUGACACAGAGAGGCAGUAAUGACCUUGCUGUAAACUUAGAGCAGGAUACAUCCAUGCUGACACAGAAAGGCAGUAAUGACUUGGAUGUAAAUACCCAGAGCAAAAUACAUCCAUGCUGACACAGACAGGCAGUAAAGACUUGGUUGUGAACACCCAGAGCACAAUACAUCCAUGCUGACACAGAAAGGCAGUAAAGACUUUGUUGUAAACACUAAGAGAUCCAUACAUCCAUGGGGUGUGCCACAGCCACAAAUUACGCCCACUAUUGUGAACAAGGUGCUUAAAGUGAACACGUCUGGUUUUGUUAUGAGCACUUAGCACUCCAAGACCAAAAGGCCUCGCAUUGAAUUGAUGCAAGAGAAGGCUUUGUAAAAUAACAGCAGUUUUGUUGUGUGGUCCAGUACGCCAUUCGACUCUCAACCUUAAGAAAGCAGAACUCAAACUCGGCUCUUAGCUAUAUCAGCAAGGCCAGCAUGUCAUCUCAGCUUCUUAAGCUUCAGUGAACUUUACUCGCAAACAUGACAAACGUCAUUGAAGUGAAAGUCGAUGACAACCCCCUUCUUGCACAAAUUCUACAACUCGCUUAAGAAAUUCAGCACGAAGACAUCUUGCGUCAGACUACCAAGCCUCCUAUCAAUAUCUCCUCCCAUAUUGGGUACAUCAAUACUUCCAACAGCAGAGCCUUGGUGAGUUCGACUUCCGUCUCAGCAUCGAUGUCGCUUAGCAACAAUUGGAUGAUGGGCGUCGACAAAUUAGGCCGGACAAGUCGCUCGAACUGAAACGAUCUGAUACAACAGAGGCCUUAUACUCACAAGUUCAAGCCCAGUGAGCGAUGUUCACCAAAUCCUACUCUACAUCUCAAUAGAAACCCGGAUAGCAAGGCGUUGAGUUUGUUCUUGAAGCAUUUGCACCAGAAGAAGUCAGCAUCUUGAUAUUCUGGAAUCUCCAUGGUGAAGGACCCUCAGUCUGUGAACAAAAUGCAGAGCGAACCUCAGAUGCCUUUUGACGAAAUCAAACCAUCUAAUCAGAAACACAGACUGCAUGUCACAGCAGUUGUUACCAUAUUGACCCUAGUCAAACGUAAGAAGCUCAGAGAUAAAUACUGAUUUAGUUCUGCUAGUCUCUACAUACCUCCUGGUUUGGUCAGCACUUACUCUGACUCUUUGAAUAUUAUGACAGAUGGAAAUGAAUGACCUUGUUCAGAUCGAAAUGGCAGAAUGACACAUCACAAGAAUUCAAGCGGAAAGCCAGAAAUCAUAUCAACAGCCACAUUUUGUAUGUCACCCGUCAAGUUGUAUUCAAAGACGAACAAUAGUUUCUGCUCUAUUGUGUAUGUGACCAGUCAAGUUGUAUUCAAAGAAAAACAAUAGUUUACGUUUUAUUUUUUAUGUGACCAACCAAGUUUUUUGUAUAGGUCCCUGGUUUAACAAAGCAUUUAAAGUAUUUUUAAAUUGAUGAAACUUUCACAACAGAUGUUGAUCCUGAUUAUGGUAAAUAAAUGGGAAAUACAAUGUUAUCAAAGAUUUGUUAAGAUUGCCAAAGCUGUUUAAAUGAUGCUGGUAACUUGAACAAAAUUGGAAAAAAUAUUGGAGUGUUUUCAUGUUAUAAGACAUGUUUCAGUUGUCUGUUUUUAACCCGUAAAUAUAGAUUAGCUAGUGAAAAAUAUUUGUUCAGAAAGGUGUAAAAUGUUUACGCUUGUUGAUUUCAGUGGAUAGUGUUUGUGAAAUGAUUAGAGUAUGACUCUUGUUGAAAAGCUUUAAAUGAAACUGUGAAUUAAAAAAUAAAUAUUAAAUUUGUUUUAGAGUUUUAUGAAAAAUGGCAAAAGAUUGUUAAGUUGUGUUGUUUAAUCAUAUACUAACAUGGUCAUAAGUGUUAAAAUUGUUUUCGGACAUAAUAGUUUAUUAUGCUUUAUAUUUGUAUAUGUACAUGAAGACGACCAGAUUGUAUCCUCUUUAAUCAGUGAGUAACGUAAUCAAGAUUUCUUGAUCACUGUAUCAAGUGUAUAUUUUGCCAUUUAUACAUAGAGCAGCUGUAAAACAAUUGUAUUUUAAAUGUAAUGUUUUUAUGUAUUGUUGCCGUUUUUAUAAGAUAAACUCACUGUAAACAUUAAUUUGUACAAACCGUUGUUAUAAAAAACAUUUCUUGUGUCUAUGCUAAAAUAUGUAUUAAACUGUUAAAAUAAUGUACAGUUACAACUUCUGAAGAGAAAAAUAUACUUGAGGCAAUAGAAACACAUUGUUAUAUGAAAUGCUUUUUAUUAAGAACACCUACUUAAAAUUUGUUUAAUUUUGUUUUACAUUAUCUGAAGAAAAAAUAGUAACCUGUAAUUUGAAAUCAGUCAAUGAAAAAAAGGGAGUGUUGCCAUAUGCUAACAAUAGUCAAGAAAUGCAAUUGUCUCUAUUAGUAAUACAACACAGCAAUACAAUUUGCUUAAACAAGAGCACCGCAUGGUGCCAUGCUCGGCUACGGGUGCAGUUUUGAAUAAAUGAAAGCUUGUCAAAAUUUAUUUGAGAGGUCACAGUGACUUGACCAUUGACCUAGUGACCCCAAAAUGGGUGUGGUGUGUAGAACUCAUCAAUGUGCAUCUACAUAUGAAGUUUGAAAGUUGUAGUUGGAAGCACUAUGAUUUAGAGCCAAUGUUAAGGUUGUAGCACAACGCGGACGACACGACGAACUGCCCUUCCCAAAAUAAAAUACGCUUUUUACCAAAAUACGCUUAAAAAAGUGUAUUUUUUCUGCGCUUUUUACUAAAAGUGUUUUAAAAGUGUAUCAAUUCUGCACCUUUUUCAUUAGUAAGUGCACUAAAGUGCAUUUUUUCUGUAUCUUCAUUCUCUUCAAGCGUAUUUUUCUGUACUUUUUUAUCUAAGAAGUGUAUCAUUUUCAAAACAAGUGUAUCUUUCGUAGACAAAGCGUAUCUUUUUAUGCAAGAAGUGCAUUUUUGUGCUUUCUGUACAAGUGUAUCUUCUUAAGAAUAAGUAUAACUCUAAUAUUCUGUGUAUUUUUAAUCAUUUGACUUAAUCAGAACACUAUAGGAAAUAACUGAAGUUAAAGAACAGCAAUGUCUUUAAUAGCAGGCUUGUACUGAAUUCUUUCUUAUCUUCACAUUAUAUUAAUGGUCUUAUUGUUGAAAUUUGUCUGCUCAUAAAAUUAAACAACCCACAUAAGUGUUUUUUUUUAAAGUUUAUUCAAAACAUGUAAUACGCAGUAUAUCACUAUUUUGUAUCUGUCUGUCU